AUGGAAUCACCUUCAUCAACACCUUCAACAACAACAACAACAACAACAACAGGUUACCCACAAUCAUCAAAAAGUAUAAUAAAUUCACCGAGUCAAUCAAAUAGAUUACCUCCACCACCACCACCAAGAAAGAGAGCAGGCUCGGCAGUCAGUGGUAAUGCAUGUCUUCAACAGAUCGGUAUGGGUAUGAUGAUGGGUGGUCUCGUCGGUUCGUCUAUGGGUCUACUCGGUGGUUUGGUCGGUGGUUAUAUGUCAAAUCUUAGAGGAAAGUCACUCUUGAUGUACACCGGUGGUAGUGUUUUGAAAAUGACUGGUUUCUUUGGUGGUAUCAUGUCAAUCGGUAGUGCAUUGCGUUGCGAAGAAUUAGACAUCGAACAAAUCAACAUCAACAACAACAAACUAUAUACUUUCAAACAACCAAACACUUAUUUACUACCUUUAUCAUCGAGCAAAUCAAAUUUAAAUACAUUGUAA